ACACCUAUUCAUUGCUAACGAUCUGUAUCAAUUAUAAUAGUUUGUAAUACAGUGCAGUACCGCAAUUGUUUACUGCUUCAAGUGAUUGGGAACAAAGUCCGAUGCCUUGUUUUGAUAUACUUUAGCAAUGGACGAGACAUUACCAGUUUAGAUACCUGUAUCUAGGCUACCUGUAGGUCAUCAUCUGCCAAGCGACAUUUUUGCUGCUGUAUUAUUAAACUAAAUACUGUAAUAGGAAAUUUAACCAUCUGCAUGUUUGUAUUUCGGAAAUAAGUUGGAAGAAUUCACUAACAACUUAAAAUAUCUUAGGUCAUCGCUUGAACGCCAAUGGAAAGAGGAUUGCUUUGAUGACGGUGGAAUUAAGAAUUUGUGAGAAUAAAUAAUGUGACGGAAGAGCUCUUAUAUAAAACUUCGAAUUCACAAUUUUGAUCUGUUUCAAUUAUCGUCUCUUCGGUCUCAUGAUAUGGUGUUCUAUUGACAUUAAUAUACUUUAAUUUCUUAAUCCGUCGAUUUUUUUCAUCAUGGGAGUUACACUUGGAAAACAGAAGAAGACAACAAAUCAACAAAAAGCUGUACAGACAUUUCGCAGAGCGGCGUUCACUGUUGCUGCUUUUAAGAAAGCAAGCACAGCAACACAACCGACCAUUAAUAUCGAAGAUAUUGUUGAUUCCUCUAAUAAAACGAAUAAUGAUAAUCACCACCUUUGUGGUAGUCCUAUUGAAAGCGAUAUCACUAUAAAUAACUUGGAUAGUAAUGAAAAGAGGAAUAGAAUCUAUCUUGGGGGGUCAACUGCUAGUUUGUCUCGAAAAGCAGAAAUUUCGCGGUCUUUUGUGUUCAGAGAUACAAGCGAUGCUUGGGCGGCAUUACGCGAUGGACAUUCACCUAAUCCUGAUGAAAUUCCGUCCACAGAACUGGCAAUGGUCAACUCUACCCUUGGUGGACAUAAGACGGUUGAGAGGCGCAAAAUUAGUUCAGUAAACGACAAUUACAGUUCAUCAUUACCAGAUCUAAGUAGGGUAUCAGACAAUCAGAAUAAUGAAACGACAUUUUGUAUACCUUACGAACCAAAAGAAGGUUGGAAUUACAAGGUAAGGAACGACAGACAUUGUUCUGUGUGCAAUAAAUCUUCCGGAGGAGAACUUUUUCCGUGUCGAAUUUGUACCAAAGUGUUUCACGAGGCCUGUUUACGUCGAUCCGGACACAUUCAGGACUCUUCGUCUCUACAGCAAUUUAAACUAGCAAAUACAAAUAUUGGAUGGUCAUGCCACGAUUGUGAGAGUUUGAAUAAUUUAUUGGACGAGGAGGACAUGUUUGAAUUGAUGGAUUCGUUUGAGAAAUGUGACGUGGACUCAGAUGCGGAGAUUUCAGUCGAAGAAUUUUUGAAAUAUAAACGAAAUGUUAUUAAGGAAACCGAAGGACGUGAAAUGACAGCAGACGAAGAGGACGAUGAGCUUGUGUUGUUUCGUGCCAUCGAUACCGACAUGACCGGGUCACUAACUUGGUGGGAGUUUUUGAACCAUGAAUCCAUCCGACAUUUAGCUUCACUAUCAAAGUUACAUUUGGUUAAACUGCUUUCACAAAAGGAAAUUCAACGCGCAAGAGAAACAUUCCAUGCCUUUGACACCGAUGGGGAUGGUACCAUAACAGAUUAUGAGGCUAAACGGGCUUACAAAAGAUGGUACUCCAACUUCAUCAGUGACCCGGAAGACAUGGUACCAAGACAGAAAAAACGAAUCAGCAGUGCUAUAUCUGUGACCAAUAGUAUUGAUUUAUCGAGACACGUGUCAUCUAACGCCCGUAUGUUGAUGAGUGCGGACGAGGAUGAUUCAGGUGCAGUUUCGUGGGAGGAAUAUUUGAAGGAACAAGCGUUGUACGUCAUCGCCGCGCGUCCCAACGUUGGUCCAAUAGAAUUGAAGAAUAAACCAUUUACUAAAUUCUGAUAUUCAAUACGGUACUUUAUAUUGCGAAUGAGCUAGGAUUAUUACGGUUUUAAAAGCUGUCGAUUGCACGAAGUUUUUAUAUUAUUUUAUAAGCAUAGGCCUUAAAAAUUCAAUAAUUAUUAUGUAUAAUAUAUUUACGACUGUAUCACCGGCUAACUAAACAUAUACCUUGUUUUUAAACAUUACUGUAUUAUACUUCUGUAAUUUAUUACUCUUAUUGAGUUUUAUGCAAGAUAUUUAGCGCACCGAAUUGAUUCGUUGUCUUAUAUUUUAGGUCGAUGAAUGCAGAGCUAGGCCCACCCAACAAUAGUGUGUUAGGUGAAAAUCCUACUGACUAAUAAAAAAAAUCAGAAAUUUGUACCAAGCGACGUGCGACGUGCUAGUGUGUUUCUCUCGAUAAUGAUAUUAUCUCGAUUAUUUCUCUCGAUUAUUGAUUUGAUUUGUGAAAAUAUACACGAUAAAUCGUGCUAGUAUGAAAACUUCUCAUAUCUUUUAUUUUCUAUAUGAACAAUUGCUUUUUGGGUCCGCUCAAGGCGUUUAGAACGGACUUGCAGGAAAUUUUGUACACAUAAACUAGAGGUGAUUUUCAAUAAACGUUUUUUUUUUUUUUAAAGUUGGACCACAGGGUUCCCCCUACACGUACAAAACAAAACAGGGGUUCCAGCAAGUACUGUACUUUACUGCCAUUACCACUAAUACGGCAUGUCGCAUGGAUGGCGAGAUCGGUUAAUGAUGUGGUAAACAAAACUUUAGUUGUGAGUUCGAAUCGCGUCUUGGUAUUCAAUUGGUUUUUUUUUUUUCAAUUUUAAGAAAUUUAAUUUUUUUAAAUGUUUUUUUUCUCUUUUGUGUGGGUAGCACACCUUUAUUCAAAAAACCAAGUCAUAUUCAAAUCAUAUACACACAGCACAUGCACACAUACAUAUAGGCUUAAUACCCUUUUAAAGAUUGUUAUACAGUAUAGUGUUUUGACAACAUAUUCGCUAUGAAUUAUAAUUGGUUAAUAAUGUGUUUCCAUUUGUCAUUUCCUUUUUUUUUUGUUUUUAUACAAGUCAUAUUAAAUUAUAGAUUUUAAUUCAAUUGUAAAAUACAUCCAGAUGUCCUUACAUACAGGUUUAUUUAGCUCUUGAAGAAUUUUUUGCUUAUAAAUUGUGUACAUCGAAAUAUCAUUAAUAAUGUUAAUGUUACUACCUAAGACAAUGUCUUUGUGCGUAAUUGUUGGUUUAUGUACAAAUCUAAUUAAAUGAUGCACAUAUUUCCAUAUAGACUGAAAAGCAAUUAAAGAACAUAUGUUCAUCAUCUUCAAUGUCAUCACACUUAGAGCAUAAGUCAGAUUCUUUUAGUUUCCAAUAAUAUAACCUUUUGUUUGUAGGAAUAAUUUUAUGUAAAAACUUAAAAUUAAAAUUUGAAUAUUAAAAUUAUUUACAUUUUUAACCUUUCGAAGCCAUAUAGUUUCCCAUUCAAUCAUUUCUCCACUAGUUCAUUCAUUUUCCCAUUUAACUUGUGCAACAGGACAAAUGAAAUGAGAUUCAAUGAAACAACAAUAUAUAUUUUUAGAUUUCAUUUUUGUGAUAUCUUGUAUAUUAUUAAUACCAAUCUGAUAGUUUACUUUGACAUCAACAUUUUCUUUUAUAAUUUGAACCCAUUCAGUUGGGACAGCGUUAAUAAGUGAACCAUAUUCACAUAGCCAGUUACUCUUAUUUUUUUUUAUUUUUUUUUAUUUAUUUAAGAUUUCCUUGGACGUCAACAUCCUGUUGUUAUUGAUAAUAUCUUUUAUUUUGACAAAACCAGAUGCAAUCCAGUUUUUAUUAGAUGACUGCUGGUUAAACGUUAUACACUUAUUUCCCCAAAGGUUCUGUUCUAUAACAUCAUUGUAAUCGACAACUUCAGUUUAAUAUUACAAGCAUUAUAUUCGGCAGUGGCCUUGAGUACAUUUAAAUAAAAAGAAGGUAGAAUCCUAUCCAAAGAAUAUUGUCUUAUUUUAACGUUUGACAUAGUAAAGAUAACAUCUACUGUACAAACCUUAUUGAAAUAGUAUAAUGGAAGUAUCUUCCACUUCGCAAUAUCUUUUUCAAGAAGUUUUCUCGCCCAGCUUAUUUUCAGAGCUUUAUAUUUUAGAAGAAGAUCAGGCAUAUACCACCAUUUUUAGGUAAACCAAUUUGUCAUUUUGUACAAAUGAACAUUCUAAAUAAUAUUUGUUUUGUACAAAUAAACAUCCUAAUUAUUUAAACAUUUCUAUCUUAGUUGCUCUUCGAAAAAACCCAAUAUAAUAACUUGCGCCUGUACCGUAUUUUAGCGUGGAAGAACGCGCACAGGGACGGAUUCAGUAGGGGGAAUUGCCAGGCCUUUAUGAUAGGAUGUCAUAACCUGAACGUUAAUUAAUUGAACGACGAAGAGCAACUUAAAUUAGGCUAUGUAAUGUGUAACCUUGGUGAAACUGAAGACGAAUAUAAUUUAUUUUUAAUCUGCCCCGCGUAUAAAAUAGAAAGGGAGUCUUCCACCUUAUUUCUGGACUAAUCCAGCACCUUGACUGAUUAACUUGCUAUGUUUGUCACUCCCCAAGGACAUAAGCUAUGGAGUAGAUAGGUGCUUUUUUGUGGUGUCGACCCUAUAUACUACCUUAGUUGUAGGGGUGUUUUGUAACCCAUAUUAAUGUUUUUAUAAUACUAUAUUUGUGUAAUUAUUAACUAUAUCUUACAUAUUGUUCAUUUAAUUUACCAUUAUUCAUAAUUGAUGUGAUAAUUCUACUGAUAUGUUUAGAGGCUGUUUCUGGAAUUUAGCAUUGUUUUAUCUGUUUUUAAUCGGACCUCUUGGUACACUGGAAAUGUUCGAAGUACAGUAUUCUUUAUUAAGAUUAAGAUGACUUUAGAUUGCUCGACCCGACAGAUGCCAUAUAGUCAAAGUAAGAUUAAUUUUAUAUUGUUAGGAAUCUAAACAUAAUAAUAUAACCUAAAUACUAGUUUUACAUAUUAUCUCAAGAAUUUUUUUCACCCACCUUUAUUUCUUUCAUUUUAUUUUUUUCUGUCAUUAGAGACAUAAGCAUAACAGAGAACAUGAGAAAUUAAAAGUCAAUUGCACUGAAAAAGGGGUCAGUCGCUAUGGCUGACUAGAAAUUACUUUUAUUUUCUAAUUUUUUAAUAUUUUCAAAAAUGUUACUUUAUAAUGAUCUUUUUAUUUAUUAUAAAUACACAAAUACAUAUAUACAUACUUAUACAUACGUGCGCAUGCACAUACUUACACGUAUAUGAAUAUAUAAACAUUCUCAAAAACAAUCGUGCAUAGGAAUAUAUACACGCAUCAUCAUCAAAUACACAUACAUAUACAAUUUGUUGUUAUCUCAAGAAUUAAUUUUAGAGUUCUUAGACAUAGUAUCUUGAUUUACCGAUGCACUAUAAUUACAUUAUGGGCCUAAUGUUUAUCAUGUGAUCCGACUAUACAGUAAUAGAAUAUGAAAUAGCCAUAUAUUGUGUCAUACAACGUUGAUCAUUAUUACAUUAAUUGCAGCAUAAUUAUUGUACCAGUUUUAUAUUAUCUAACAUUGACCUAAUUGUAAAAUUAUUGUCAUGUUGCUUUAUGGGUUUGUUUCAGUUCAUCGCAUGAAUAAAAUAUUUUUGGAAACCAUAA